AUGCAAGUACUUCCGGGAUUGGUACGCAAGCCUUCCUUGUUUUUGAUCAAAGAAAAUGCCCUUUUUUCGAUGCUAAUUCCUCUUUCUUCUCAGCUCUGCAUUUCAUUGCGCAUCUCUGCGCGCUCUGCGCAUUCCCUGCGGUCCUCCUCAGUCUUCUCGCAAUGGAGAACUCUUUCCACCAUUCCCACCACCAGCCUUCUUCGUUACACAACGCAUUAUAGAACGCCGCGUAUUCUCGGUGUAUCUCAUUCCAUUCGCCAUCUAGCUCUUGGAUCUAUAUUCUCUCGCUCAACAUCACCCUCACCAUCUCCAACGGUCGUCGCACAUAUCACUCGUUUGGAAGCUGAAGCCAAUGUUUAUCCUCAAGAUGUGUCAAAACAACUUGCUCUCUUCGAAGCUCUGCGGGACACGGAUAUGAAAAGCUCGUAUGAAGUCAUCGCAAGUAGAUGGGAAAGGAUGUGUGAAUUUGAUCCGACUUCACCCUUACUUCAAUCUGCUGAAGCUUUUCAGAUUUAUCUGACAAGUCUCAUAAACACAAGUCAACAAGCCUCUGUUAGCGCUGCCGUUCGUCGUCGGGACAGCCUGCUAGCCUCAUCAGGAAAGUCGGAAUCCACGUUCCAGGGGACUAACGCGUCCAUCCCUGCCCGGGAUACCUCUGAAGAGGAGAAAAAUAGCGUUCCCGAGCAAAGGCGCCAACCAGCUAUCACCCAAAGUCAGGAAAUUGCUCAAGCAGUACUUGCCGGCAAAUCGACUUCGCGUGUUCGAUCUACUAGUUCUAAUCCAUUUGCCAAUCCUUUCCUGCUCAACCCUUCCACAGAGUCGAGUGAGCCGCGACCAAUACCAGUAGCUAUAGUUGAAAGAAAAAAUGCAUGGGUUCCCCGAUUAGUACGAUUCUUGGCCUUGCUUCUCGUCUCUUCAUUCUUCUUCCUCGUUAUCUUGUCCGCCCUUUUUGAGAAUAGCGGUCUCAUGAAGAAUGGCCCACGUCAAUCACAAUUCGAGCCUUCGGAAGGCAAGACAGUCAAAUUCAGCGAUGUUCAUGGGGUGGAUGAAGUCAAAGAUGAAUUGCAAGACAUCGUGGUGUUUCUCAAGGAUCCCAGUUCGUUCGCUACUCUGGGUGGCAAAUUACCGAAAGGCGUCUUGUUGACCGGGCCCCCAGGAACGGGUAAAACAAUGCUUGCACGUGCUGUCGCCGGAGAAGCUGGUGUACCAUUCUUUUUUGCCUCUGGUUCGGAAUUCGAAGAGAUGUUUGUGGGUGUGGGAGCUAAACGCGUUCGGGAGUUAUUUUCGGCGGCACGGAAGAAACAGCCAGCAAUCAUCUUCAUUGACGAGCUCGAUGCAGUCGGAGGCAGAAGGAGUAGCCGCGACCAACAGUACAUGAAGCAAACGUUGAAUCAACUCUUGGUUGAAAUGGACGGUUUUCAACAGACUGAAGGUGUCAUCGUCAUGGCUGCCACUAACUUCCCUGAAAGUCUCGACCCUGCGCUUGUUCGACCUGGGCGAUUUGAUCGUCACAUCGCUGUCCCACUACCUGACAUUCGCGGACGUAUGCAGAUCCUCCAACACCAUAUGAAAAAUGUGACGACGAGCCAAGAUGUUGACGCUAAGGUCCUUGCCCGAGGGACGUCAGGCUUUUCCGGAGCCGACCUUCAGAACAUGGUCAACCAGGCAGCUGUUCAUGCUGCUAAAGAGAAUGCCACGGAAGUGGGUCUCAGUCAUUUUGAAUGGGCCAGGGAUCGCAUUCUCAUGGGCGCAGAGAGAAAGAGCGCUGCUAUUGACGACAAAGCAAAAUUAGCAACUGCUUAUCAUGAGGGUGGGCAUGCUCUUGUCGCACUCUAUACCGAUGGAGCGAUGCCAUUACACAAGGUUACUUGUAUUCCGCGAGGUCAUGCGCUUGGAUAUACAGCCUUCCUUCCUGAAAACGACCGGUUCUCUGUCAGCCUUAAAGAAUAUCUUGCUUCCAUAGACGUCAGCAUGGGUGGCCGAGUGGCCGAAGAACUAAUAUACGGACCAGAUGCAGUGACGAGCGGCGCGAGCUCCGAUAUCAUGAGCGCGACCAGGACCGCUCGGAACAUGGUCAAGCGUUGGGGUUUUUCAAAACUGGGUCCGGUCAAUUAUGAUAAUGAUAUAGACAUCAGCGUUCGUCGAAAGGACGAGAUUGAGGACGAGGUUACGAAAAUCAUCAAAGACGGCGAACGCAGAGCAACUACGCUUCUGAAAUCCAAAAUUGAUGAGCUACACCGUCUCGCACAAGCAUUGGUGGAGCACGAGACGUUGGACAAGGAUGAAGUCAGUAAGGUCGUCAAAGGGGAAUCGAUACGGGGUAUAGUUGAAGUACUUGAGGAAGUCUCAGCAGAAACCGCCACUCCAUCAGAAUCGUUCCGACCCCAGAACUAACACCACUGCGCAACCCUGAAAUUUAAAGUAGAGGUUAUUGUCGUCCAAGACAUAUACACAUUACAUAUGUUUUCUAUGGUGUUUGGAUUUCCUCAUGGCUCAUGGUCUAACCGGCGCCGUCAGGACUUCGGGAAUUUGUUUGUUAGGUGUAGCAAUAAUCAUAUCCUCUAACGUCAAGCUAAUAUUCCACACACUCUCGAACAUCUUUUGUUCAAUGCAUUCUUUCUACAGUGCAGUUCGGGAUUACAAGCGAUCGGCAGACUUGAAUCACUUGCACUUGAUUAUACCCAAGUAGACUAUGAUAUCGUCUGAAUCGUACAGUUGACCUCGGCGCCACAAUACGAGCAAUCAUCAUCAUCCACAUGAGGGAUCACCGCACUCCAACUCGCAGGUGAGAUUCAACAGGCUUCUUGGAACUAUUUUAGGGUCAAGGGGAAUGCCCUAUCAGUGAAGUGCGCUCACAACUGUAAACUGCAAUGCUGUAAUGAAUUUAAAAGAGAUCCCAGCAAUAUUUGCUAAGCAAUGUUCCUUUUCGUCAACAGACAGCUCGAGUAUACACGCGGCCCACGACCUGAUGGAAGGAAAGAAUGAUGUGUCCCGUUAAGGUCUAGCAUCAAAGGGUGAAAUGACCGGGUCCUGCAUGUACCGUUGACUGGAAGAUCGCUCGCGUAGCGAAAGGCGCCUGAGUGCUGAAUGGCCAGGAGACGGGGAUUGUGCAGUCUACAUGUCAAUGUUGUUACCGAGAAGCAAGGGCGAGGAUGAGGAGAGUCUUUGACACGUCAUUCAUAUACGAACUUCACAGGGUGUGGUUGGUGAAGUCGUAGCUCGUAAAGUUCCCACGAAGUCCUCCUCCGAACUUUCUAUUGCCCAUGCCGUGACUGAGCUCCCCUUUAUCGUCACCGAAAUUCCAGACUUUUUGUGCGGUAUGAUACUUGAAGUAUUUACGGCCAGCAUGCAAGUAAGGCGUCGGGCCGUCCUCUGUUUUCGCCGUUAAAAGGACUCUGUCUACCUCAACUGUAUGGACAUACCCUCUUCCUGUCUGCGCUUGUUCACCAACCUUGGAACAUCUGGAGGGUCGGCAGCAUACCAGUGAUCAAACAACAAACAAGUUGUAGUUCAUCCCCUACCUCCGCCGACGAGUGCAACUUCCAACCCCGCUAUUCCAAUGUGUCAUCGCCAACUCAGAUUCUUCCGGUCAACAGGCUGUGGCCACCUAACCUUCACGGGCGAGACCAAUAUUGACUGUCGUUCCCGACGUUGCUAUUUGAGCUCCUUACAUCCUCCCACGUGCAGCAACCCUGCACGCCCUUGUAAUUGUCGGCGCUACUAUGGACAACCACAGCGCAUCGUAACGGAGGAAGUCCCUGGAAAAUGCGCGCAAUGCCCAAGAUAGUACAAUACAUUAACAGAUAAUCUAUAUAACGCUGGUACCUUUACUCGUCAUGUAAUCUCACUCCUGCAUAUCAAGUUCUGCCAACAUAUGGUCGCUGAUACCCCCAUCUCCAUAUU